GGGAUUUGUCACGGAAACAAGAUAAGAGGAUUAAAGAUACAGACUUUUUUCUUUUUGGGAGAGAGAGAGAGAGAGAGAAAGUGUUUUUCUUUGGGUGGUGAAGAGAGAGUUUCAAGAGAGGAGACAUGCCCAAAUUCUUCCCAACAGCUCAAUUUCUUGCUGCUUAUUUUUCUUGACUGACUUACCAGAUCCCGAAGGUCUCUCUCUCUCUCUCUCUCUCUCUCUCUCUCUCUCUAUUAUCCAUUUUAUGAUAAAAGUUUUAUCCAAUCUUACACAUCCUUUGAUUUGUCUUGUUUUGUUUGUUCUUUUUUUCUUUUCCCUUUUUGAUUCUUUUACUUUGUUUAUGGGUGGUGAUGCCCAAGUGGUUUUGUGUUAUUUGCUGGUUUAUGUAUGCAUGUGGAGCUUUUCUCUUGAGUUCAUGGUGAAGCUAUCAAACAUUUGAAAGUAAAAGCGCUUUUUGGUUUUGGAUAUACUGUUUCUCCGAGCCUCUUUUUCUCCCCAGAUGAUAGCUACUCAGUAAUCUCAAAGCUAUCCAAAAGAAUCUGUGGUUUGUUAAGGAUUGCAAGAGAAAUAUAGAUAACCUAGAUGGCUGUCCGAAUUCAGAACUUGCCCAAGAAAAAUUAUGGUCAAGUUCACUUUACUUUUAGUUGCCCGUCAUGGUGGAAUUCUAAUGAACAGCAAAGUCCAAGAUUUUUAUCCAAGAAUAUAAGCUUUAAAGUGGAAUCUACACCCCAACUAAAUCGUGAAGCAAAGCAUUUAGGUCUUCAACAUUUGGACCAGGAUUCAUCUUCAGCACAAUCAGUUGGUCAAUCUCACAAUGAAGUGGGGGCUGUGGGAGGGACCAGUUCAGAAGAUCAAUGCAUUUCAUCUGAAUCUGGUGAAGAUGAAAGUUGUGGGAAGAAUGCAGAAGGCAGAAUGAAGCCAGUUCUCUUGUUUAGUGCUCCUGAAAUCUCACGUAAUCCUUCACAAACUGACAAUAGUCGUUCAAUGGCUCAUGCUCCAGUUCCCUAUGCUGAUCAUUACUUUGGUGAAUUGUUUACCCCAUAUGGACCAAAGGAUAUAAUUCUGCCCCAGAUGGGUUCUCAGAUUUUGGGGAUGACAGCAGCACGAGUAGCACUGCCUCUUGAUCUUGCUGAUGAUGGGCCCAUUUAUGUCAAUGCAAAACAGUAUCAUGGAAUUCUUAGGAGGAGGCAAUCACGGGCCAAGCUAGAGGCUCGGAACAAACUUGUCAAAGCAAGAAAGCCAUAUCUUCAUGAAUCUCGGCAUUUGCAUGCGUUGAAUAGGGUUAGGGGAUCUGGUGGAAGGUUUCUCAGCAAAAACAAGGUCCAACAGCUUGAUGCAAACGCCACCAGUAGCAGACAAGGCGUCUCAGAUAGCAUCCUCCACUUGCAUAGCAAGAAUGAGACUUCACAACUUGAAAAUUGUCCGUACUCGAGAACUCUCAAAUCCUGCACUGAUGUCACUAGUGUCUCAAAUGGCGACGCCAUUUACAGGCAGCAAGAUCACUGGUUCUCAGGCACGGCUGUCCGCUUCGGUGGAGGCAUGCAAACCAGUGGGGGUCAUAUGUACAGUGGAACCUAGCAGCACUGUGCACCAAAUGUCCGGUUACUAUGUCACCGGGCGGGCAAUUCAUCCUUGGCUUGAUCUAUUUACUUCCUACUUGUUAAGUUGUGUUCUCGCACAAGUGCAUCACCAAAAAAAAAAAAAUAAAAAAGCAAGCUUCCUGCAGUGUGUUGUUUGCUUCAAUAAACAUUCUGGCAUGUUUAACAUGACUGGAGAGGGUUUGCGUUUGAAAUUUUCAUUUGACUUGAUCCAUCAAAAGUUGUUACUUUUGUUUUGAAUGUUAAAUAUCCCAACUUGUGGGCGUCUUUGGUUUCGUAAAAUAAAAGAUGGACUUGGUGA